AUGAGCAGCUCCUGUGUGACAUUGGCUGAGGUCCUGUGGGCCAAAGGAAGCCCUCUGGAGGAAGAAGAAAUAUGGGCACUCCUGUACCUGUCCACAAUGCAGCUUCUGGAGGAUCUUCACAAAGAUCUGCCACACAGAAGACUUUCUCCUGAAUCCAUUCUGGAAGCGUGCGAAGCCCAUCAGAAGGAAUGUGCAUCCUUACCAGCAAAAUUCUACAUGAAGAGAAUGGUUCAGUUUGCAGUGGGAAGUGUCAGUGAGACAGAGCAGGUGGCCACUGAAGAGAGCACAGCCUCUCAGCUGAACAGAAGUCAUGUGAUAAGGAAAAGACUGCAUGAAAAAAUACCGGACACCUCAACACUGGCUUCCCAGAUGAAUUUCCACCAAGACAAAGGACCCAGAUUAAUGAACUAUAGUCAGUCAACAGAAGAUUACAGACAACUCUCUGUGGAUUACAGUGACUCUAACAGUAUUUCUGAAAGUACAUCUUUGAUACUGUCUAACCGAGGACAGAGGAGAGGAAGAGGUCCAGAGACACACAGAUCAUGUGACACCACACUUAGUGGGUCAAGGACAGAAAGUAGCUACAAGCUCUUCAUAAACAGAAACAUUAAGGAGCUUAUAGCAGACAUUGCCCUGGACUUCACAUUUUCAGGUCCAGAAUUUAUUAUUUUGUCUAGUGAACCACCAGUGACCUUACAGCUGCCUGGAUCAAUUGUGACUAAAAAAGGGAAAUCCUAUCUGUCCCAAAGGGAUCUCAAUGUGAUUCUACUCAAUGGCCAGUGCCUUGAGGUGCAAUGUGACAUCAAGACCAAGGCAAGAGAUGUUUUCAACACUGUGGUGGCGUAUGCAAACUUGGUGGAACAUUUCUACUUUGGCUUGGCUUACCUGAAAGGUAAAGAAUUCUUCUUUUUGGAUGAGGACACCAAACUCUACAAAGUGGCCCCAGAUGGCUGGAAUGACCAACCCAAGAAGAAAAUGUCCAUCAUUAAUUUUACACUCUUUCUAAGGAUAAAAUUCUUUGUCAACCACUUUAAUGUUAUUCAGCAUGGCUUGACAAGGCAUCAGUUUUACCUGCAGCUUCGUAAAGAUAUUUUGGAGGAGCGAUUAUAUUGCAGUGAUGAGACUGCCCUGAAACUCGGCGCUUUGGCUUUACAGGCAGAGCUUGGCAAUUAUGCUUCUGAGAUGCAUGGGAAGAGCUAUUUUCGUGUUGAAGACUACGUCCCAGCCAGUCGAAUAGAGAAAAUGACCCUGGCAUAUGUACAGAGAGAGCUUGCUAAAUUACAUCGUAUGAAUCGCUCCCUAUUUGAGGAUGAAGCUGAACUAGAAUUUUUAAAGGUGACUCAGCAACUUCCUGAAUAUGGAGUGUUAUUCUAUCGUGUGUCCCAAGAGAAGAAAGGGACAGAAGGGGACAUCAUCCUGGGAAUCUGUGCCAAAGGCAUCAUCGUCUAUGAGAACAAAAAUCACACAAGAAUUGCCAGUUUAAGAUUCCAGUGGCGUGAAACAGAGAGAAUUUCAGCUCACAGAAAAAAAUUCAUGAUUGAAAGCAGCUUCAGUGGCAAGAAACACACCUUCAUUACUGAUACAGCAAAGACAUGUAAAUACCUACUGGACCUCUGCUCUGCCCAGCACAAAUUCAAUGCACAGAUGAAUUCUAGGCAACUUCGUCAAACUUUAUCAGAGGACAGUAAAUUUGUGGAAAUAGACAAAUCGAAUUCUGCAUAUGCAGCUCAGCAUGAACACCUUGCCCUUAUUCAGAGACUGUCUCGCUCAGAGAAUGUGCUCUAUGGAGCAAACCUGGAAAACCUGUCUGCUGGGAUGAUGAGCAAAUCUUGUGAUAACCUCAGUGUGGAAACCAACAACAGGACUAGACACAAAAGCAAUCUUGGCAGAUCUCUAUCAGGGCUGUCCCAGUCAGGAAUGCACAUCAAUUUGAAUGGAAAGCAAAGGAGUUAUGACUUCCUCUCUAUCCAUUCAACUCAGAACACCACCAGUGCGCCUGGAUCACCAGCCAUCCAAAAGGAAGUUUUGCUAAGAGGUCUAGAAAGAGAAAUCAUAUGUGUCAGCCUAAAACGUGACCCUAAGAAUGGAUUUGGUUUUGUAAUUAUUGGAGGAGAAAAUGUAGGAAAAUUAGACCUUGGUAUCUUUAUCGCUUCAAUUAUCCCUGGGGGACCUGCAGACAGAGCUGGAAAUAUCAAACCAGGAGGACGACUCAUCUCUGUGAAUAAUAUUAGUCUUGAGGGUGUUUCAUUUAAUACUGCAGUUAAAAUCAUACAGAACUCUUCUGAUGAAGUGGAGCUCAUCAUCUCUCAACCCAAAGACAUGUAUGAAGAAGGAUUAAAUGAAGAAAAGAAUCUAUCAAGAGGAAACAGCACUAGUGGAUCUGAGAUCUCUUGUGUAGACGGUGGGAGAAAAAAGAUUCAGGAUUGUCAUACAGCUGUCCCCAAAGAACAGGACACAAAUAUAGAUGAACUUGAGAAGACUCUCUCUUGGAAUUUAGCAUCAAAAUUGGGCCCUAGGAUUCCAGUUCCUUCAGCUGAUAGCCUGGAUAUAGAGGCAGCUGAUUCUUCCCACUUACCAUCUCCAUCAGAAACCAACUCAAAGGAAGUCUACACGGUGGAGCUUGUUAAAGAAGACGGGACUUUUGGAAUCAGCGUGACUGGUGGAAUUAACACCAGUGUGCGUCAUGGUGGGAUAUAUGUGAAGUCAAUUAUUCCCAGUGGACCAGCAGAUAAGAAUGGACAAAUAAAGAUAGGUGAUCGUCUGCUGGAAGUAGAUGGCAUCAGCCUCUGUGGCAUCACCCACAAACAGGCUGUGGAACACCUUAAGAAAUCUGGCCAGAUUGCCAAACUGGUUCUGGAAAGGGGAAACUACCAAUUCUCAGAGCCUUGUCUGACUGCUAAUGACAGAAAGGAGGACCAAUGUGCAGUUGUUUCUGUGGCAACAUCCCUCACAGAUGGCACCAAGGUCUGCUGCUUUUUGACAGAUGAUAACACAUUUGAAGUGAAAUUAACCAAGAAUUCUGGAGGCCUUGGAUUUAGUGUUCUGCAGAUGGAAGGAGAUGCUUGUGAACACCUUGGAGGAGCUAUUGUCAGGAUCAAAAGACUGUUUCCAGGGCAGCCAGCUGAAGAGAAUGGAGAAAUUGAAGUUGGAGAUGUCAUUUUAGCUGUGAAUGGGAAACCUCUCAAAGGGCUCCUGUACCAGGAUGUCCUGCAUUUGUUAAGAGGAGCUCCUCGAGAAGUUACACUGCUACUUUGCAGACCACCAAAAGGUGUUCUUCCAGAAAUAGAGCAAACUGCUCUGACUCCAGCACCAUCUCCAAUUAAGGACUUUGUGGCAGAAAUGCCAGGCAGCACAGGGGCAGGAAACAGUAUGGAUCAAUCUACCAGUGACGGAGGUAGCACCUCUCCAGACCUUGAAGACUGCCUUGAUUCUCCAGUGGGAGAAGAUUUCAGUGAGCCCCCUGAGGAUGACAGCUCAGCUUACGAAGAGCAGGUAGCUGAGUUUCAAGAGAAACCCAUACAGAAACUCCCAGCUUCCAGAGAAAGUUUCUAUAAGCAUCUUUGGAAGAUUCAUCAAGAAGCUUCCAGUUCUGAAGUCUUCCACUCUCUAGAGGAGGAAGUGAAGCAGAACUGCUACUCACCAUGUGAGUUUGGACAGGCUAAAAGCCACGUAUUUAAUAAGAAUCAUGAUGACCUAUUGAACACGAAAUGUAUGCCUGAAACUCUCUCUCUAACCCCUAUUGAUGAAGAGUAUCUCACUGCCAGCUCAAUGUCUGUGACCUCACUUCCACGAGGAGGAAGCUCCAAGACAGUCUCUGCAGCCAGUGCAACCCCACAGCCACGUCUUUGUGGCCCCUCAUCAUCAUCCCUGCCUGCCAGAGAGACACAUGACAGUGACAAUGAAUGGGAAGACUUGGAGGAACCAGAGGAAGAGAAGGAAGAAAAUGAAGACUGCAUUCAGGAAAUGGAGAUCUUUGUGACUUUGACAAAGUCAGAGAACAAUGGUUAUGGAUUCUCUGUAGUUCUUAACAAAGUGGACACCUGCCUGUAUGUUGAUGAAAUCUUGAAUGAUCCUGCCCUUUCUGAUGGAAGAUUGAGAAGGGGAGACAGAAUCAUUAUGGUGAAUGGAAUUGAUGUCACAUCUUUACCAUGCAAUGAAGUCCUGACUUUACUGCAGAGCUCUCCUCCAGACCUUCACCUUGUGGUUGGCCGUGCUGACAGUGACCCACGUCCCUCAGUUAGGCCAGAUGAGAUUCCAGAAAUUACUCUCACAAAGGGUGCAGAUGGACAGCUAGGCUUGAAGCUGACAGGAGGAGCUGGAAGCAAGUUACAAGGUAUUUAUGUGCUAGAGAUAGUGCCUGGCUCUCCUGCCAGUGUGGAAGGCAGUUUGCAGCCACGAGAUCAGAUUGUUUACAUCUGUGGACUGUGCACUGAGGGCAUUAGCCUGGAUGAUGCAGUGAGAGUGUGUGAAGCUGCCACCCAGAAUGUUCGAAUCAAAGCCACAAGUCUGAUAUCAUACCAGCUCAGGUCCUGGACUGAUGCAGAAAUAGCUUCCAAAGAUCUCAGAGGAAUGGUAAAAUACGAACGCAAAGCAUGGCCAGCAGCUGAAACAGAGAAAGCCAAUAUUUCUUUGUCAAAUGAAAACCUGAACUCCCAGGAACAGCAUCUGCUGCAUCAACACGAGAAACAUUUGGAGGAAACAAACUGUGAUGCUCAGCAGAACCCUCCUGAUUCUCCAGAAUGUAAAGACUUCAUUAUUAAGAUUGAGCUGGAAAAAGCAGAAAAUGGAAGCCUAGGAUUUGCAUUGGUAGGUGGAAAAAAUGGCAGGGCUAUCCUAAUAAAAGCCAUCAGCCCAGACAGCAGCGCAGAUCUGGAUGGGAGACUUCAAGUUGGUGACAUCUUACUGAAGGUGAAUGAGACUUUUGUGUCUGGUCUACCACGCCAAACAGUUACAGAUCUGCUGCGCAAGGCACAAGGCACCGUUCAACUCACUGUCUGCCGAAGCCUGGCUUUGCACUGGGCUUUUUCAGGCAACCAGAGCAACACAACUUCCACUCCAAACACAAAAGCAGAGCCUGGUGGUGGGGAAAGCCUGCAGGAUCAGCCUGUUUUCAGUUUCAAGCGAGAAGGCUCCAGCCAAAUGUGCACCAAGGAUGCAGAAAGAACAGACAAAUCCCUGCAAGGUCAGCUGGCUGGACAAGACUAUAAGGACCUCAUCAGUAACGUUUCAGACAGGUCACAGAAAUGUGCAGAAUGUGAAAGCUGCAAAAGAGAAAAUCAGCAGUCUGAGUCAGGCAGCUGGAACAAUGAAGAUGAUGUUAUGCCCCACAGGAUUCCUGUUCUACCUAGAAACAGAACCUUUGCUUCUGGAGAUGAACUGACUCAGUUAAUUAACUUGAAACCAUCACAGAGUGGAGUAGAUCCAAGGACUGGCAUAACAGGUCUUAUUCAAGGACUUCAGCUGCAGAUUGAAAAUCAAGAGGUGCUAAAGGAGUUUAUGGCUUUAGAACAUGUGAAACCAAUAGAUGAGUGCAGAACUGGCAAAGCACCAGAAAACCAGAAUAAAAACAGAUACCGAGAUAUCCUUCCAUAUGAUAAGACACGAGUUCUUCUGGGAGAAAAGAAUGGCUACAUUAAUGCAAGUUACAUUAGAAUGAAUGUUGGAGAAGAGGAACACUUUUAUAUUAUAACCCAAGGGCCUCUUCCAUCCACUAUGGCUGAUUUCUGGCAAAUGGUCUGGGAGAGUGAAUCAGAUGUGAUUGCCAUGAUGACUAAAGAAGUGGAGCUAGGGCAAGUCAAAUGUCACCGAUACUGGCCUGAGUCUCCCUAUAACUCUAAAGACCUGGCUAAUUUCUAUCUCAGGCUACACAAUUACCAGACUCUGGAAUACUUCAUAAUUAGAAAAAUAGAAAUUAUCAACAAGCAGUUCAACAUCAAGCAGAUAGUGAGAGAUUUGCGAGAUCAGCGUUUUGGCAUUAUCCAAACCAAGGAUGAGUAUUUAUUCUGUUAUGAAGUUGUGCUGGAAGUUCUUCAGAUCCUGAGAGCAAUGGAUUCCUACUGA